AUGCGCCGUGUCACAAGGGAAAUGAUACUUAGGAGGACUGUAGCGCAGCUCCACUGGUGGCCGUUGCUCAGCGCAGCUACCCUUCUGUUCCUUCUAGGCCAGACUGUCGGUGAUGACUUUGAUGAGCGGCUUGGGGGUGCAGCAUAUCCGGCAGUAGAGUAUGUCGCCGAAAAGCCUAGUAAGACAUACAACAUUCCACUGGAACUGAAUGAAGAGCCCUUUAUGCUGGUUGAAUGGUCCACCGAAGCCAGUCGUCUCCGUCAUGGGUUUCAGUUCAUCCUCCCCCCAGGUAUUCUGUUAGUCGCGUCUUUAGCGGCUGCCGCAUUGCUUUUUGUAUGGAGUGCAAGAGCGAACGCACCUUUCCCAUUCUUCAAGAAAGGACGCAAUCAGGGAGGCGGCGCUGAGGUUUCUGUUGAAUCAGAGGACUUAGAUAGCCUUCAUGAGUCACACUACACCAAUGCUGUGGACAGCAGUUUGGUUUUGCAGUCCGUCUUGAGGACGAUUUCUGCAGACUUGGGCAGGGCCAUUGGCGCAGCGCUGGAGAAGCGGAGUGCAGCAUUGGGUCUACUGAACAGCCCCAGUGCUUCAGACUCAAUGUCGCCGGUGGUGGAUGAAGUCGUCCCGCUCCUUUUGGGAGCGACGGACAAGUUGGCGGCCCCCGCAAAAGGCAUAGACCACGCUAUAGACGCUUUGCAGCGUCCGCUAUCUGACAGCCAGGCGACUUCUCGCUUGGAUAGCGUACUGGACGAGAUGCAGACGUGUAUCCUGGACCCUUUCCGUGACCCGAAGCUUCAGAUGGACAUGGAAACAGUCCGUAUGCGCCUUGAGCUUGGCGAAGGACCUAUGGCGGAACCUACCCAGCAGCCCGACGACCAGCCUGCAGCACCUGGUGAAGGGAUCCCAAUGGUGGGGCCACCUGACGCUGGAGAAGCAGAAAAAGAACUACAAGGAGUUAUGGCAAAACUGUCGGACUGGCUCAAAGCUCUCUACGACGUACGGCUCUUGCUAUUGGAAGCCGUCCCUGCUGUAUCUAAAGCAGUCGACGAUGUGCGGGCGGCGUAUGAGUUGGUCUAG